AUAUUUAAAAUAUUUUGUUUUAUUAACUACCAGUUAUUAAAGAUUUUUCAGUGACUGUGUAUUAAUUUUAAAUUAAAGUUACCUUAUAUUGUAGAAUACACUCACCGGUUUCUUCCAGGAGAUUUAAUCGGUUAAAAAAAAAAAAAAAUUACCGACAUGAGGCGCAUUCAGCUAAUAAUGAUGUGUUUGACGGUGAUUAAUGUCCUGGGAGAUUUACCACCGGGUACUAGACGUAACAGCAAUGAAUAUUUGCCACCGGAACCAACAAAAGGAUACAACUACAAUACACCAUCGGUACCAUUUCCACGACCAACUCCAGGAUUUCCAGGAUCUCGACCGACGCCUCCCUUUCCGGUAGGACCAACAAGACCUACCCCAACUUUCCCAACAGGACCAUCGAGACCUCCAACUCCGCAACCUGGACGACCGGGCGGUGGAUAUCCAACUCCAGGUCCACGACCUACUCCUGGUUUUCCUACACCGACAACGCGACCCACUGGGGGCUAUCCUGGACCAGGUCCACGACCCACUCCCGGAUUUCCGGAUUAUCCUGGUCAACCCUCUGGCAAUAAUGGCAAUACUGUUCCAGGGCAUGAACAUCACCACGAGCCAGGAAUGCCCUUUGACUUUAAUUAUGCGGUUAAAGAAGACGCAUUUGGUAACGAUUAUUCGCACAAUGCUAUUAGUGACGGAGACAUUGUAAAAGGUGAAUACCGGGUUCAACUUCCGGAUGGACGCACGCAAGUUGUUCGUUAUACAGCUGACUGGCAACACGGGUUCAGCGCUCAGGUUACUUACGAGGGAACACCACGUUUGGAUCUUCAACGACCUGGUGCUGGUCCUUUCAGGGGUUAUUAAAUAUAAUAUAGCCACACACCCGCGAGUUGGCCAACAACGAUCGACCUUUGUGAACAACAGCAACAGCAACAACAAUAACAAUAAUAAUAAGUAGGGAAUAGUGUAUAUUAUUAUUCAGCGGUGGAACGAUUCAAUCGGUUUGGAACAAUGAGCUACCUUGAAGACAUACAGACACAUACAGAAUGGUGUAUAGAAGAUAAAAGUAUAAAAGUAUACAAGUAUAGUAGUUCAAUUUGUAAAGGCUUCAGUGGUAGUUAAAAGUUGCAAGAGUGCACCAGUCUCGACGAAUAACGUAACACCAAUACCAAUACCAAUACCAACACACGGACAACACUUGAGACUGUCGAGAAUGCCGAGAUUCUUGAGAUCACACUCUAUAUAUAUAUUGUACUUGGUAUAUGUAUAUGAUAUCAGAGCUGAGGAUGUUGCGGAGGAGUUUGCCAAGAUGCCCAAGAUAUUAAAAUAAAAAUAUAAAUAAACAUAGGCCAAAGUGUUGGUCGACACGUGAACUAAUCUCCAAGGAACUCACUUUCUAUUUCACUGCUCCGUUACGUGUUACGUGGGAAGAUCAAAUCCUCGUUCAUUACAGGGGUUUUCAUUUUCGCGUUCACCUUCUAUUCGCUCACCGUUAUAUUUCUUAUUUUUCAUUUUUUUAUAUUUUAUCUUCCAUCAACCUAUCUCACUAUUUCACUAUUCAAAAACUACCGCUAAUAAUUUUAAAACAUUA